ACUCACUCUCUUUCUUUCUCUGGCAGGACUCAGCUUUUUUGGCAGGAGUGACCAGAAUAAAAACAGCAACACCAGACAUAGAAGAGAAAAAAGUGCAAUGAUCCAUCGAACCAAAGGCUUUGCCCUUUCCUAAUUACGUCGUGUCCAGUAUCAUUUUCUUUUUUCCUCCCCUCUUCAUUUUUUUUUUGACAUUUUUGAAGUGGUAAUUAGCUCUUGGAGAAUAAAACCAGCUGAUUCAGGGAGACCCAGUGCAUUUUAGGGCGAGAUGGCUAACAGGAGGGUGGCGUUGCUCCUUCUCGGAUUCUUCCUCAUCUUACAGCUGAGUCCUUCGCUGCAAGGAGGGGUGUAUGUGCCACCGGGUUCAGCUGGAGCAGGACCAGGAGGUGCUGGAUUGCUACCAGGUGCUGGAUUCUUCCCAGGUGCUGGGGCGUCCCAAUACAAAGCAGCAAAAGCAGCAGCAGGAGGAUAUGGAGGUUCUGCUGGGACUCAGACAGGAGCAUUAGGGGCUGGAGGUUAUGGAACUGGUGGUUAUGGGCCUUAUGGCGGAUAUGGUGGUGCUGGAAGAUUUUACCCAGUGGCUGGAGGUCUGAAACCGGCUAAACCAGGUGCUGGGCUACCUGGAGGAGGUCUUCCUGGAGGAGGUCUACCUGGAGGAGGUCUACCUGGAGGAGGUCUACCUGGAGGAGGUCUACCUGGAGGUGCUGGUGGAAAGCCUGCUAAAGGAGGGCCAGGAGCAGGAGGAAUUGGCCAUGGUUCUGGCCUCCCAGGCCUUGGCAUUCCUCAGACUGGUGUACAAGGACUGGGCCCUGGUGGGGUUGGACCUGGAGCAAAAGCCGCGAAGCCCGGAAAAGCUCCAGUGCCGGGAGUGGGAGUGCCUGGACCUUAUCAAGGAGGACUUGUUCCUGGACAAGGCUUCAAUGGGCGAGGUGUUCUUCCUGGUGUAGCCACAGGAACUGGACUCAAACCUAAAUCAGCUGCUGGUGGAGGACAGGGUCUGGUACCAGGUGGUGGUGGGCGUGGAUAUGGACCAUUGCAACAAGGAGUAUUUCACGGAUACCCUCUCAAAUCUCCCAAAACCUCAGGUGCUGGGUUACCCUACACUGGUGGUAAACUUCCUUAUGGUUAUGGUGGUUUCGGUGGAGGUGCUGGACUCCCUGGUGGGAACAUUGGUGCUGGCUCCAAGCCCGGUUAUCCAACAGGGACUGGUGUUGGGACAUUAGGGGCAUCUGCUGCACAAGCCAAAGCUGCUAAAUAUGGUACUGGAGCCGGUUUAGGUGGGGCUGGAUCUUUUCUGGGUGGUGCUGGUGGACUUUACCCUGGUAUAGGAGCUGGUUUAGGUGGUGUUGGAACAGGUGGUGCUGGUGGAGUUUACCCAGGAGCAGGAGGUGUGGGUGUUCUUACCCCAGCUCAAGCUAAAGCAGCUAAAUAUGGUGCUGGUCCUGGUUUUACUGGUAUUGGUGGUGUACCAGGUGCAGGGGGACUCUUUCCUGGGGCAGGGGGUCCUGGUGCACUCUCCCCUGCUCAGGCAAAAGCUGCUAAAUACGGUGCAGGAGUAGUUCCUGGUGGAGCUGGGAUUGGUCCUGGUGGUGCUGGGAUUGUGCCAGGAGCUGGAGGGGUUUAUCCUGCAGGAGGGCUUACUCCUGCUCAAGCUAAAGCAGCUAAAUAUGGUUUGGGUGGGGCAGCUGGAACUGGUUUUGUUCCUGGUGUUGGAGGACUGUACCCUGGAGCUGGAGGUGCCCCAGUCGGUGGAGUAGUGGGGGGAGCCGGUGGAAUUCCUGGAACAUCACCAGGGGCUGGAGUAUAUCCAGGUGGAGUGAAGCCUCCUAAAUAUGGAGGGGCCGGUGUUGUCCCAGGCUACGGUUCUGUUGCUGGGCUCGGAGGGGUUCCUGGAGCUGUGCCUGGGGCUGGAGGGCUAGGAGCUGGUGCGAAACCCCCUAAAUAUGGAGUGCCUGGAGGAACAGGUUUGGGGGUCCCCGGAGGAGUACCAGGAGGAGUACCAGGAGGAGUACCAAUAACUGGAGCAGGAGGAUACCCUGCUGGUGCCAAGGCUCUAAAAUAUGGUUUGGGUGCUGGUGGUGGUUUACCAGGUGGGACUGGUGUUGUGCCUGGAACAGGUUUGGGUGGAGCUGGUGGAGUCCCAAGUGGAGUUGGAAUAGGAACUGGAUAUGGAGGAUACGGGACUGGGGCAAAACCACCUAAAUAUGGUGUCCCAGGUGGAGUCCCAGGUGGAGUCCCAGGUGGAGUACCUGGAGGUGUACCUGGAGGGUAUCCAGCAGGAGUUAAACCUCCGAAAUAUGGAGGUGCAGGUACAGUACCUGGUUCCGCAGGAGCACCACUGCCUGGAACUGGGACGGGACUGAUACCAGGAGCUGGGGUUGGAGGAUAUCCCGGGGGAGUCAAACCUCCUAAAACUGGCACUGGGAUCACUGGAACUGGAAUAGCAGCUCCUGGAGCAACACCUGGUGGUGACUUGGUGGUUGUACCGGGCGGCACUGGCAUCGGUGUUCCUGGAGGUACUGGUCUGCCCGUUGCACCAAGUGGAAAACCAGCAAAGCUUCCAACGCUGGCUCCUGGAGGGACUGCUGUACCGGGUGGUGCACAAAGAGUGCCUAGUGCUGGUGUUCCUAAACCUGGAGCUGGUCCUGGUGGGGUUUACCCAUAUGGAUAUGGCCCAUUUCCUGGUAGCACUGGAGCUGCUGGAAUUGGAACUGGUGUGUUACCUGGAGCCAAACCUCUGAAAGCCCCUGGUGUUGGAGGAGCAGGCGGUGUUGCAGGUGUAGGGGCAGGACUCAUACCAGGAGCAGGUGGAGGGUAUCCAGCAGGUGUUGGUGUGGGAGCUGGUGCUAAACCACCUAAACCAGGCUAUGGCUCUUUGGGUACGGGAUACGCACAGCCAGGUGGUGUAGCUCCAGGAGGAUAUGGAGGAUAUCCACAAGCAUAUCCAGGAGGAUAUGGAGCAGGACUGUCACCACAACAAGCCAAAGCAGCCAAAUACGGAGGUGGACUGACGGGAUUCCUGGGAGCAGGUUAUCGAGGAGGAGCCGGCUGCCAAGGAAAAUACUGCGGGAGGAGGAGAAAGUAAAGGAUCUCUUGAGAUGUGAAGUGACCUCAAGAAACAUGGUGCUACUGCAUGCUCCAGAAUGUACUUUUGAUACUCAAACAAAAAACCCCAACAUGCACAAGUGUUUUGUACUGAUUGCAUUUGUAACAAAUCCAGAUCCCCGAACAUCUAGUGUUCUGUGAAGAUAAUUCUAAUCCUAAUGGCACAUCCCAUCACCGUACUGUUUCCUAUUAUAACCGGGUUGAUUAGCUGGCAAUGCUGUUGUGUAACUGCAAACGUUUUAACCACCACCUCUUAUUUGUGGAUGUUUCUGACACCACCUGAAGCUCUUUUGCUUUUAGUCACGAUCUGGCGCGCUAGACUCUUUCACAUCCUCCAGUGUCCUCGCCGACUCGUGAAUGAAAGCGUCCUGUCAUUCUGCUGAAAUACUUCACAUCUGGCUGUGCUUAGGCUCAGUUUGCCUGUUAGUUUAACCCUUCAGCAGCUUUAUGAUUACAGUGCUUUACGGGUGACUCUCUCUCACACACACACACACAAAGAAAUGAUAUUUUGAGUAAAGAAAAUUAAUCCUGUUUUAAGAGCACCGAUUCUUUCAAUUAAACACUUUUCCCACCAAAAAUCUAGUGAUUUUUUUUUUGUAAUUUUGAGUCAUUCUCAAUGCCAAUGUUAUUCUAUUACUUUAAUAAAAAAGUUUUAUUUUAAAGGCAGUAAUACUUUCAUGAUGUAUACAUACUUUUGUAUUGAAUUUAUUUCUAACUUCUACAUUUUCCUCACGAAAUGAUAAUUGAUUUUUCUUUUUCGUGACGUGUUCUUGACAUGUUUUGUGAGAGAGAGUCACCCUCUAGAUGAUUAGGCUUUCAUGAAGCACCAGUGAGCGUCUUUGAUUCAGAUCUGAUCUCCUGGUUUGAGACGCUUGAAAAACAGGCUGCAAUGAUGUGUGCGUGAAUGUGUAUUACAGCUAUAGAAACAACACAUAUUAUGCUAAGAGAGCUUCGUGGAUGGCAGAACGUCUGACAGCAUUCAUUCUUGUGUACUGUGUGAAGUAUGAAGAGCUCUGCUCUGAUUAUGCUGAGAACAAGCAGAAGUGAAUGACAGCUUAUGUCUAAUAUCAGUCAUCUGUUUUGGUAUCUGUCCGGUGAAGGAAACAAACUGAAAGUAACUCUGUAAAAUAGUAAUCAUAGUUCUGACGUGUACAUUAUGUAUGUUAAAACCUGGAAGAUUAAAAGAUGUGCUUAUGUUUUCCCCCAGACCUGGGGAAUACAGGUGCUUCCAUCAUUUGACCAAGAAUGUGUUUCUUUAAUCGCUGUGUAUUCACAUAGAAUUAGUUUAUAUAUAUCAUAUGUAUAUCAUACGCUUACCAUAGGUUGGAUCAUUUAACAACAGGUUACUUUGCCUUAUGUUGUAUGUUUUGCACCAUUUGAACUUGACAUGACCAAUUAUCGAGUUUGUACACAUCAUAUCACAAUAACUUCUUUGUUUAAAAUAGCUUCUGCAAUGUAGUCACUGUGGAACUUGCAAAACUGUGUGUGCUAUUUUAAGAUGUGAGUGUGUGUGUGUGUAGGCGAUGUUUGUAAAUCUCCUCAGUGUGUGUGUGUGUGUCCCGAAAUCCUCACCAGCCAAUGUAUUCUCAAACAUAUAAUGUGUCAGUUUUUGCAAUACUUGGUUGAUACUGUUUUUCGAUCCAUCUGGAGAGACACUUUAUCAUGUAUUAAUGUACCUGGUGCUGUAUUUGACCUGCCUGUGAGCCCUACCAGGUCUCCUCUAUCAUGCCUCGGGAUUUCCAUCUUAUUUAAAUAAAGGGGCGGGGCUGUUGCACUUUUUCCACAACCUAUAUUCUGACUAGUUCCCGGAAAUCCUGGCAUUUUACCUGCUCUAGGGAAAAAUUAAAUAAAAUAUUUUAAAUUAAAAA